CUUAGUUUCUGCAGCAGCAACAGCAGCCGGAGGAGGAGGGAGGAGGGAGGAGGAGUAGGAGGAGGAGAAUGACGGGGGCAGGAUCCGAAGGUCGAUUCGAGAGGGCGAUGGAGAAGCUGUUUCUUCUGGCGAACUUGGCAACCCCUGCUGCGAGUGCUGCGGGUCCGACAACUACGUCACCGACACCGGCACAGGCUUUGACGCCUUGGAUGGCGGGGCCACGGCGCUCUGCCGCCGCGGUGUCACGCACAGAUGCCAGUGCCAAUGUCGACGUUGCCCCAGGCAGUCCCACAUCAGCAGCCCCUCAGUGCCGCCCAUGGGACCGUGGAGAUCUCCUCAGACGCCUUGGAACUUUCAAAUCCAGCACCUGGUUCGGGAAACCUCAGGUAGCUGGCCCAGUUGCCUGUGCGCGGCGUGGUUGGACAAAUGUAGAUAGUGACCUUCUCAUGUGUGAGGUGUGCCAGACACGGAUCUCCUUUGUUGUCCCUCCAACAUGGCCACGCCAACAAGUGGAGCGAGCGGCGGAGUCGUUUUCGCAGCAGCUAGAGACAGGGCACAAAGAUCUCUGCGCUUGGCAAGGAAAUGCCUGCCCAGAGGCAUUGGCACAUUUUCCGCCCACCCCGCCGUCCGAGCUUUUUGCGGGGUACAAGAAGCGGUGCGAGGCUUUGCUUCAGCUUCUCUCACUUCCUGUCGUGACAUCCUCAGCUUUGAUAAAGAUGAGAGCUACAAGAGGCCCACAGUUGGCACGAUUAUUGGCUCAGCCCCCACCUCAAGCUUCAAUGGAAACUGAUGUGGGACUACUACGGCAAGGCGGUGACAUUGGCGGGGCAGCGUCGGUUGCUGUGGGUGAAGCAAGCCUUGGUGGUAUGCAGGGGAGCGUAAAUGGUUGUACAGGUCCAGGCACUCUUCCACUUGAUUCCUUCUUUGAGUCUCAGCGCGUCAUUGCGAUCUGUGGCUGGGAGCCUCUGGCUCUUCCCUACACAGUUGAUUGCGAGGAGAGGUCAGUGACUCUGAACAAAGCAGGGGCUCUGGUGAAGCGGGUGGAUGUUUCGGCAGGCACAUCGGCCGAAAAGAAUGGUCCAAAGAAUCAAAGUAAUGGAAUUCAAGCAGAUGCAGGGCAGUGUGGUGGUCAAGCCAGUCCCAAAGUGCGGUCCCCAUCAAAGGUUGCUGUGUCAAAUCUGCGCACCCUUUGGGAAACUGUCAGCCAGGUGGCUGGGAGAGAAGAGGGUGUAGGUACGCAUAAUCUUGGCCCGGCAGGUGGUCCUUCAUCUGUCGUUCUGGAAUGUAACCUCUGUGGUGCAAGGGUUGGCUUAUGGAACAUGACCAUGGUUCGGCGGCCAGUGUUCCUGAACCGGGUUCAUAAUUACCAGCUAGCAGUGUCCCAUGCAGUGUCUACGGCAAUUCCUGCUGAGCAGAACAGCACAGUCCCGGUGGGCGGUGUCAGUGCGGCAAGUGAGGUGGGGGAGUGGUGGUGCAGAGACAGGGAUCGACAGGGGGAAGUUGAGACAGUUGGCAAUAGACAUGGGGAUGGAGAGGAACUAGGGCCAGCAGGGACUGGAAAGAACUUCUCCACAGCGGCCGUGUCAGCUGCACAGCUGAGUCGUGCCGCUGCUCAGCAAGGGAUUGGGCCCACAACCAGCACUGGAGUGACAGGUGGUGAUGGUGCAGCAACAGGGGACGGGUUCAGUGUGCCUGUCCUCAUCAAGCCUGGUGGGGUGGGUGGGGGAGGAGCGCUCGGGUCUGGUGCUCAGAAUCGCAGAGGGGGCAUUGGAGCAUCAGCAACUGCCGGAAGCUCCUUUCGGGCAGACUACAGUGAGUGGGGAGGCUAUGUUCCAUCUUUCGAGUCGAGAGGACCCAACGAUGAUGGUAUUUUCGGGGGCAUGGUCAGUACUCUGGACAUGCCUGACAGCAGAGGGCCCCGCCAUCCAACAAAUAGUGCUGAAGGGAUGGUUGUCGAAUGCGGGGGUGAUGAGGGCGAUGAAGAUGCAGAUGAUGCAGAGGUAGACGGCGGCGCGUUCGGCAAUGUGGGAAGAGAGGAAGGUGCCAAGGAUGAUGAGAAAGGCAGCAGGAAGAGGGGUCAUGAAGCCGAGGAUGGGGUUGGUGGAGUGCGGGCUGGCAGUUGGGGCCGGAAUAGUGCAUGUCUGGGGGCCGGUGAGGCUAAGGGAACUAGGCUGUCAGCAGAGGCUGAUUCAGAUGACUAUGUAGAUGUUGACGACCACAAAGUAAAGCGAAGGAGAAGUCUUCAUGAAGGAGGUGAAGGCGGGCGCCUAGAGGAGGGCAAUCUGAGAACAUCCUCUGUUCUUCACCGGCAUCAGAUACGGGACCUUCCACGAUCGUCGUCAGUGAAUGCUAUGGCGGACUGCGAGGUGCCAGAGAACUCAACAGAGAGUGUUCGGUUUAUGCCUCGUCAGAACAGUGAUCUGAGGGACACAGCUGGCAUAGGGGAAAGAGCUGGGGAUGAUGGUGAGCACCAUGGCGUUGUCGUGGAGGCGGCUGAGCAAGACAGUGGAAAGUGUGAAAGGGAGGGUGAAGGCGAACAUGCAGAGAGGGGAGGCCAGCCAGCAAGGGAUUGGGAAAGGGUCCAAAGUCCUGAUGGUGAUGUUGGUAGCCGAAGUGAGUUGCUAGGUGCAGGUGAGGGCAUUGGAGGACGUGCGGAAGGGGAAAGAGAUGGGGAUAUUGUCGAUGGGGCAGCCAGCAGGAUGGAUGAAGGAGGAUAUGAGGUGCGGGGAACUACUGAUGCCGUUGUGGAUACAGGAACAGAUGGUGGUGCUGCAGGCGGCAGCGUGGGGAUGGCAGACAUGCAUGGCAGCGUGGGAUUGGGUGGAAGUGGUGAGGGUGCAACGGGGGUAGACAUGGAUCCCCAGGCGAUGGGGUCGGAUGGUGUGGAUGAUCGUCGAAGACGAGCUCUUUUGGGUGAUCAGAAUGUUGGGGUAGGUGCAAGUGUUUGCACAAAGGGAGUAACCAGCGGAGAGGAGCAAGAGCAUGGUGGCACUCACGGAGCAGAGAUGGCUGGCUCCCUCGUAAUGGCCACCCAUAGGAAUGAAGGUCCUCGGGCAGGUAUAGAUCCUGAAGCAGUUGCCCAUCUUCAGGGCAGGAGUGUCGUUGGCGGUUCCCAUGGCGGAGAUGCACAUGGUUUGGGUUCAGAUGGUGAGGACCAGAACGUGAAUGAAGGACGGGCCCAUAGGGGUGAUGAAAGUGCUGGUGGGGAUGGCGAUGCUAGUGUUCUCGACGGGAAGCGAAGUGCAAUUGGUGAUAAUGGAAUUACAGAUGCCGAUGCAGCUGGUGACCAUGUCUGUGAAGGAAAGGGCAAGGAAGUAAAAUCAACGGUUCACGGAGGAAGCUGUGGGAGUAGGGAGAAUGACAGAGUUUCUCAGGGGGAGGGAAGGGGCCAGGGUGGAGACGAGGAGACACAGUGGGGAAGGACGUCAGACACGGCAAAUGCGCAGGUGGUUCGCAGUACCGCAGACGACGGGGAGGCGACUGAUGGAGUUCAAGGAGCAGUGGGUGCUGUAUGCACAUACAGUGAUGUCGACAGGCACAAUGAUCGCCCGAUGGAAGUCGAAAUGAGGCGUACUAUCCCAUGGGCUGCAGAGUUUGACCCUCUUCACAGUCACAGGCAUUUUUGCCCUUGGAUAAGCCCCAAUACUCCCAUAGCAGGGCCCUCUGGGAAUGGGAGUGGGAGUGCAAUUUGCGGAUGGCAGCAUUGUUUAGAUGUGGUUGAUGCAGAGACAGGUGUGGAUGGUGCCGAUCAUCCUGCAGGAGCGAGUCGUGUUUUCCGAGAGGAUGAGAGCACCACCUCGGCCCUGAAGGGUGAUGCUCUGGCAUCGGUCCGAAGAAUCUUGCAGUCAGUUCUGCAGAGACGUAAGCCUACAGAUCAUUGAGAAUGGUGACUGGGAACGAUGUCUGGGCAUUUUGGUGCUUGGUAAGGGGUGAAGACGGUGCAUGAUAGCGGUGGAAAUGGUGCAGGGUAGUACUCCCCUCCCCCCCCCCCCCCCCACACACACACACACCCACCCACCGCCCAGGGUCCUCCCCUCCAGAAUUCGUCAUAUGUGCUCGACUUUGGUUGUCAUCAUGAUGGCAGCAUGCAGGGCAGAAGUGCAAUCAAACGGAAACUCAUCGGCGGAGGUGACUUCUUUGGUGACUCAGUGGUCCCCCGCUGCGUCGGUAGAUCAUUCCUUGGCCAAGUUACGCAUGCAUGUAGGGUGGUGUGCUUGUAGUGAGAAACAGAUGUAAAUUGAAUGAUUCUUCAGGCAGUGAUGGCCCUAGGCUCGAGCAUGGAGGUCUUGGUAUGGCCGAGUCCUUUAGAAUUGAUUGUGUAAUCAGUUGAUUGUGUAAUCGAACGCCUCCUUGUCCUGGGAAUGCUGAAAGCACUUUGCAAGAAGCAGAGAGUUUGCUUGUUGAGACUGACCAGAUCUUUUGGCCAUCGAGCAUUGAGGUGAUUGUAACGUUCCCAUCCCUUUCACCUGUGUGUUUCAGGCAGUAGGUUCUGUGGUAGACAAGAUGAGUGUAUGUUCCCAUCCCUUUCUCACCUGUGUGUUUCAGGCAGUAGGUUCUGUGCUAGAGAAGAUGAGUGUGGGUUCUUCAUCAGAGCAACUGCCAACAGAGUGUCUUAACUUUUCUCAAGUCACCAAGUGUUGCAAAUUUGUGUGAAUUCAUACGACGAUCCGAACCCGCUUUAUGAUUAGGAGGUAUCUUCAUGUAUGCGAGCAUGCGAGGAGUAACUGCAUGCCGAUCCGUUUUGGUUAGGGGCAUCUAAAGAUAUGGAAGAAAGAUGACCGAAGAAAAAAGCGUGCAUGCUGAUCGUGGUUGGGUAAGGCUCUGUUACGUCUGCUUUGUUGUCCAAUUGCUCUUUCUGAACCAUGUCAUGGCGUAGAGCUGGGGCACACCUAUGUUAAUGCUGGCAUAGUGCAGACCAAUGCAGCACCAGUGGGCCCAUGUACCUCAUGCAUGCAGCAUGUCCGCCGGUCGCAGGAACCAGCCGUCUGUUGUUAUCAAUGCAGGAUUUGUGGUGACAAGGAUGGAUGCUGCGGCAUGUGAUCCUCCGAUGUUCCUGCUUUGCCUCUUCGCUGGUAGGUUUUCCACUCUUACAACUGUGAUUGGUUGAGCUAUCAAUGGAAACAGAUGAUGACGACCGGAAGUUAGUCGAUUGAUGGGCAGUGACUGAACUUUGCCGGUCCUGUUGACCAUUCAGUGCAGGUGUGUCAACAACCACGGAGAGCGUGAGCAGA